GUCUGACAGCAGAGUUUAGCUAGUUAACCUCUGUAGUGAACGAGUGUUUAAACUGACAACAACCCAGCCCGAGUUACCAACGGCUCUCCCACCAGCACCCAACAACCAAACUUUAAGUUUUAACACUUUUUUAAUGGCAAAUUCAGGCUGUUUGAGUUUUGGGUAGGUGAACAGCACCCGCUGGAGUACUUCACUGUGCCCGUAGAGCUAAUUCAGUUAGCCCGGUUAGCUAAUUAAUUCAGAGAAACCGAGUUUUGUUUUACUUCCGAAACAACCCGAGGCGAUUGGGUGGCCGUGUGUUUUGUCGAAUUGUGCUACCCGUCGAUAUGUGCUUCUUACCACCAGUGCGCAUGCGCGGACCCACAUUUUUUACGUUUUCAUGUGUUUUUAUGGUAAUUCUGCUUGACUUUGGUGCAUUAAACCACCAGAGCACCCUGGCAUUAUUUGCCUGAGUGAUCCAGAUGUGUAAAUGACAGCUAAGUAAAAGUUAUAAUAAAAAAAAUAAAUACAUUAAAAAAGAUAAACGAGCUCUAGCUAAUUACCCCUAUUCUCUUACCUGUGCCCUGAUCUAUUCAUUCAGGCUUCCUUAAUAACACAGUCAGACUCCUGCAGUGAGGAUUUUCAUAUAUGGUGCUUUUUCUGGUAUUUUUAACGUUACGUUUAAAAAUAGACUAGCGUCGCACGGUUUGACAGGGUAGCACAUCUCGUCAGAGCGUGACUUGGGUUGUGUAGUUCCAGCUCCACAGCGAGCCGCUGUCCACACUGUUUUUACACAGAUUUUUUUCUACUGGCAUAAGCUGAAGUCAUCACAAAAAGACAAGGUCCGUCAGUUCAUGUCCUUUACCCAAGCCGGGGAGAGGACGGCGGUCUACUGCCUCACACAGAAUGACUGGAAACUAGAGGUGGCCACAGACAACUACUUCCAAAACCCGGAUCUCUACUACAAAGAAUCCAUGAAAACCACAGUGGACCGUAAGAAGCUGGAACAGCUGUACAACAGAUACAAAGAUCCUCAGGAUGAGAAUAAAAUUGGUAUUGAUGGGAUUCAGCAGUUCUGUGAUGACCUUACUCUGGAUCCGGCGAGUAUGAGUGUUCUGGUGGUGGCCUGGAAGUUCCGGGCAGCUACACAGUGCGAAUUCAGCCGGAAAGAGUUCUUAGAUGGCAUGUCCGAGUUGGGUUGUGACAGUCCAGAGAAACUGAAGGCAAUCUUACCUAGACUAGAACAGGAGCUGAAAGACUCUGGAAAAUUCAAGGACUUUUACCAGUUUACCUUCAACUUUGCCAAGAACCCAGGCCAGAAAGGCUUAGAUUUAGAAAUGGCUGUAGCCUAUUGGAACCUAGUGCUGACAGGACGGUUUAAGUUUCUGGACCUGUGGAACAGGUUUCUAUUGGAACAUCACAAACGAUCCAUCCCAAAAGACACGUGGAAUCUCCUUUUAGACUUUGGAAACAUGAUUGCAGAUGAUAUGUCAAACUACGAUGAAGAAGGAGCAUGGCCGGUUCUAAUAGAUGACUUUGUGGAAUUUGCUCGGCCGAUCGUUACGUCGGGCAAGCGCAAAAACCUAUAAUCACCACCCUACCUCUCGGAGAGGGAAGUGGCAUCUUAUCUCUCUGUUCAGACUUUUUUUGAUAGAAAAACAAUAUUUAAAAACAAACAAAUGCAAGACAUUUUUAAGUUGUGCGUCUGUGCUACCAAACUCUGGUUCAAGAACAAUGCCGAGCUGACCGAGCCUUAUCAGGAAUGAGUGAGAUUUCUUUGGAGCACAUCACCACCAGGGGGCGGCAGUGAACUGGCCCCAGUGACCCGACCUGGAGAAACCAUUAUCAUCCAUCUUGAGUGGACCUAGCCUCAAGGUCAUUACGGCAAUGGACUUUAUGACCCUGCCCUGCACUGUCCACCGCGCCGCGGUCCAGGGGUGACGCUCGCGGUGUGAGAGAAUCAAUAGCAUGUGGAGUCCCGAGGCCGGGAGCCCGUUAAGGAGUGUAAUAUAGGGUUAUAGAUCGUGCAUGUUGUUUGUGAUUGAUGCACAGCUUUUAGUUAAGCUGGUCACAGAAAAUGAAAGCAAACUAAGGAUCUGGGGAAAAUUUCAUUCUGCAGCAUCAUGUACAGCUCCUGUGGUGUCAUAGCGCAUUGUUAAGAUUAUGCAAGAAGAGUAAAGUUCUUGCGUUCAGGUCUGUUGUUGUCCUGCAGUGUAAAGCCUAAUUUCCUUAUAUUUGAAAGAUGUGAAGAACACCGGAUCCAAUUCCGUAAACAAGUCGUUCAGAAUAAGGCCUGUCAUGAUAAUUCUGUUUCAAAUCUUUUUGUCGUUCAAUAUAUAGAUAUAUUCUCUAUUUUUUUUGCUGCCCAUGGUAUUCCCUAUUGUUUUUUUCCCCAAGAGAGCCUAUUAAAGGAGAAAUCUGGUGUGAAAUUGAUUUGGGUUGUAUUGAAACAUGAAGAUGGGUACAAACUCUUGUCAAGUAGCCCAUUUCCGUUCUCCCCCAGCAUUCUGAAAUACAGCACUUUUAACUGAUGCUCCCAAAAGGCUUACAGUGCUAGCAAUAGGGGCAUAAUGAUGCCCAUGCAAAGAAAUCAAACUUAAAGUAGUUCCCUGCUUCAUUGGUAGAAUUCUGAGGAUCCUGACAUGUAAAACAAGGCACUGCUAGUUUAUUUAAAUGCAUUAAAUUAAGUACUGUUAAGUAAUAUUUUUGGUCUUACCAAAGAUAAGGCUUUUUUUUUUCAUUUUGUGCUUUGGCACAUACAAGUCAAAAUUUGGAAGCAUCUUCUUAUUCAACGUUUUUAUUUUUUAAAUGAAUAUAAAUGUAAAGUUGCUAUAGUUUGAGAAGUUUGAGAAGGUAACACUUUACUUGGAUGGUCCGUUUAAUAAUGCUCAACUGACAUUUACCUAACAUUCAACUGCAUGUCUAUUACAUUAAAUGAUUGAUGGUGAAAUUAAAUGAUUCUCUAUCGAAUGUAACCCAACAUCCAACUCGAACCCAAACUGUCCACUUCAUUGGUAGAAUCCUGAGGAUUCUGACAUAUAAAACAAGUCACUGCUAGUUUAUUUAAAUGCAUUAAAUUAAGUACACAGUAAGUUAAAUGACAAGGUAGGAUAGAGGAAUAGAUUACAAAAUGCCUUCAGUGGAAAUUAAAUGAAUAUUGAAUCUACUUAAAGUUUGUUAAUGGUGGUAAAGUAGUGAUUUCUUUGCAUGGGCAACUCUAUGCCCCUAUCACUAUCAUUGUAAGUCUGUUGAGAGAAUCAACUAAAAGUGAUGUAUUUCAGAAUACUUGGAGUGAACAGAGUUGGGAUUUUUGACAAAAGUUUGUACUCGUUAUCAUGUUUCACUACAACCCAAGUCAGAAUUUACACUGGAUUUCUCCUUUAAUGAGAAUAUGCUGGUAUUUCAACUAUGUUAAAAAGCAAUUUAAUUUCUGUUUUAUUAAGGAUAUUUUUAUAAAAAUAUAUUCUAAUUCCUAUUAAACAUUUACAAAAUGGUCUUAAAAUCUCUUCAAAGUAAUUUUAUGAUAUUGUUUAUCGCAAUUAUAUCUGGGACAAUUUUUCGUCCAAACAAAUAGUUAAAGUAGUAAUAUGUAUAUAAUAUAAUAAUAUAAUGUAAUUGAAAUUGUCAUGACAGGCCUAAUCAGAAAACACCAUGCAGCCAUGCUCAGAACACCAGCAUAAGUCAGAUUGCUACAGUUCUUAAAUUAUUAUCUAUAUCUAAGAGAUGUGUACAUAAAUAUUGCUACAGAAAGACCAAUAAAUAUAGAUACAUUCUGUUUAUUAAUAUGACAAAGUAUUUGGACUAUUUUCAAUUUUAUCUUAAAAAAAAAAAAAAGCUUGGAUGCCCUCAUUGUGCUUUUUCACAUUUAAAAAACAAUUAACAUUGGUUUAAAAUUUAUUUUUUAAGUUUUCUUAAGUAGCAUUUUUUUUAAAGUAGUUUUUAAGUAGUUUUCUUACAUAGAAAUAAGCAUAAUUUCUGACAUGCCAAAUCUUGCAGUAUGCACAUUUUGCAAGCCUGGUGAUAUUUGAACAACGUUGAAAACGGACAGUAAUUAUAAAAUGUUUAGAAAACAGUGAUUCUUUUUGCUUUUCUGUUCACACUGACUUUGCAUUCUUAUUGUCUUAAAACACUAACAAAGAUUGUAAGAAUUCAUUUAGUCAUUGAAUAAUGAUGUCAUACUUUUUUUUUUCUUAUUCUGCAAACACUUGCAGACACACUACAGUUCACUGACUAGAAAACUCAACUAGUAUUUCUAUAGAUUUUAUUUAUUGUUAUCAUUUUUAUAAUUCUGGACCUGGUGCUAUGGUGUUCUGGAUCUCCUCCACUGUUACUGUUACAAAUUGCCAUUUUUUUGUCCAGUCUUGUUUGUUGUACUUCCAUCAUAAAUGAGGCAAGACUCCGCAUAACAUUGUCCUCACAUGGUACGCCUUGCUGAGUGUUCUGUGUUGGGACUGUUGAUUGAAUCAGUAUUACUGCAUAUGUAAAUAAAGAUUAUUUAAAAAAGGAAAAGCUUAAUCUCCAUCAUCAGAGCCAAACCCCUAUGUUUGAUUGUGGAGUAAGAAAGGUGUUCAAUAAAGCAUGUUUUUAACAAAAGACGACAAAA